GCGAGGAGACACCUAUCAGCCAAUUCCCCCCACAAGACAGCUUCCAUUGACCGACGCCUACGCGACCAAAAGAUAGCCAUAUCCCCAAUCAUGUCGCGUCCACUUUCGCUCUUCAGCGUCCAGGCCAUCCUCAUUCUCGCCAUUGACGACGGCUCCCGCAUCCUCACCAAAUACUACUCGAACCCACACCCACCCGCUGGUCACCAGAACGACUACCCGGGCCAGAUGGCAUACAAGACGGUGAAGGACCAGAAGGCGUUUGAAAAGGGACUACUGGAGAAAACGGCCAAGCAGACGACCGACAUUAUAUUAUACGACCAAAAAGUCAUUGUCUUCAAGAUGGAGUCGGAUGUUAUGCUCUAUGUGGUCGGAAGCGCCGAAGAGAACGAGGUGCUGCUAUACAGUGUUGUCCUAGCUCUAAGGGAUUCACUCAACAUCCUCCUCAAGAACUCGGUCGACAAGCGCACCGUGAUUGAGAACUACGACCUCGUGUCGCUCGCCGUCGAUGAGCUCGUCGACGACGGUAUCAUCCUGGAAACCGAUCCAGUAAUUGUGGCUUCGCGCGUCAGCAAGCCCCCAGCCCAAGACAUGACAUCGAUGAAGAACAUUGAUCUUUCCGAGCAGGGCUUCUUGAACGCGUGGGAGUUUGGAAAGAGGCAGCUGGCGGAGCGGAUACGGCAGGGCCUAUGAGCGUGUUUGCUUUGUUGGGCGCGGCGUUGUCGGAGUUUGGGAUAAAAUGCAUGAGGCAUUGCGACUGCGAAGGCCCGGAACGCGGCGCAUGGUAAUAGAGUAGGUAGCGCGCCGCGCACAAUAAAGGCCCUAUGAAUACAUGCAAUCUCUACCGAUUGCAAGCGC